AUGAAUGAAGUGGAUACUAAAUUGGUGUAUGAGGGUUUAUGGGAAGUAGAAUCUCAAUACUUGAAACUUCGUUUCUGGGAACGUGAUUUUAAACCUGAGGAACAAAAUUCUUCAAGUGCUUUUGUAUGGAUGUUAUUCCCUGGUCUCAGCAUUGAAUAUUGGCAUGAAGACAUACUCAUGGCUAUGGGUCGUGCAAUUGGUAGACCAAUUUGUAUUGAUUCUACAACUCUGAAAAAAGAAGUUGGCUACUAUGCAAGCAUUUUGGUGGAGAUUUAUAUUACAAAAACUAUUCCAAAUAAAGUUGUAGUAGAAUCAAAGCACUGCAAAUUUGAACAAGAGAUUAGGUUGUCUAAACUUCCUAAAUUUUAUAGUAAAUGUAAAGUUAUGGGUCACUUAGUAUCUGAAUGUAGAAUAGCCAGGAGAGAGCAGAAUCACGAUGUGAAGAUUCGUAAGCCACAAUGGAGAUAUACACCAAAGAAAACUACUACUCAACAAACUGGUGGUUUUGAUAUUUGUUUUCCUUCUUGUUCCAACUUGGAAAAUGGGAAAAACUGUGAAGAUGAUGAUGUUGUUGUAGUUGUACCUCCAAUUCAGAAUAAUACUCCUACACUUAACAAAGAAAAAGGUUUCACUGGUCUUUUGGAGUCCCCAAAUGAUUUUCGUUCUUUAUUUGUAGACAAGCUAAUUGAUGUGGGUGCAAAUAAUAAUAUUUCACACACUACUGAAACAACAAUUUCAGAAAGAUGGAAGGAAGUACCUGGUUCCAUUGCUAAAUUCAAGAAUGUUCAUAACAAUAUAAAUUCAGAACCAAAAAUAAAAGUUUCUAGUAGUGCACUCAAAAGUUUAAAUUUAUCUGGAAUGAGUAAAAUGGUGGGUGAUGUUAUGGUUACUGGAAUUCAUGCAACUUGUCUCACUGUUGAUAGAAGAGAUUUAUGGGAAGAAUUGUUUAAUACCAGUCAAACGGACUGGCCCUGGAUGAUGAUUGGGGACUUCAAUGUGGUUUUGAUCUAUGAAGAAAAAAUUGGAGGAAGAAAACCACUUAGGAUUUCAAUGCAGGAGUUCAGGAAUUGUUUAGAAUCAUGCAAUCUUAUUCAAGCCGCAAGAACUGGAAUCAAAUACUCUUGGUGCAACAAUAGAGCAGGAGUCAGAGGUACAUCAGACCAUGAGCCUUUAUUUGGUUCUACUGUCAAUAUUUGUAAACCAACAAAUUCUCCUUUCAGAUAUCAAAAUAUUUGGACUUCUCAUCCAGGUUUUCUUGAUGUAAUUAAAGAUGCAUGGAAUGAAUCAAUAUCAGGAAAUCAAGCUUUUUCUUUUAUGAAUAAGCUAAAAAGAGUAAAGCAAAUACUGAAGAAGUGGAACUGGGAGGAUUUUGGUGAUCUCAGAAUUAAAAUGAAGACUAAUGAGGAUGAAGUACUUGCUGCAACCUUAUUUUCAGAUGCAGAUCCUGAAAAUACUGAAUUACUAAAUAACCUGGAUACAACAAGGGGCAAACAAGAAAUUGUUUCAAAACAAUAUAAUGACCUAAUGAGGGACAAAGCCAGAAUUAAUUGGGUCAAGAAAGGUGGUACUAAUACAGAUUUCUUUCAUGCUUCAAUAAAAAUAAGGCAAUCUCACAAUAAUAUAACAAAAAUGGAGAACACAGAGGGCAAUGUAAUUACUGAUCAAGCUCAAAUUGCAACAAUUUUAGUGGAUCAUUUUACAAAGAAGUUUGAAUAUCAGAAUGUCACAAUUCAUGAGGAGAUAAUGGAAGAAAUUCCCAAGAUACUGACUGAAGAAGAUAAUAAUUUUUUGGAUGUUGUUCCCACUGCAAUUGAGAUCAAAGAGGCAGUUUUUAGUAUGAAUGCAAAAAGUGCUCCAGGGUCAGAUGGCUUUCCUGACAGUUUUUACAAAUUUGCACGGAGCAUAAUUAGUGCAGAAUUAAUUGAAACAAUUCAGUAUUGCUGGUCUCACAAAUUCAUUCCUAUAGGACUCAACUCAAAUUUUCUAUUCAUUCUUCCUAAAAGUCAAGGUGCAAGAAGAGCGGAACAGUUUAGACCUAUUGGUUUAGAAAAUUUUAUAUUCAAGAUCUUCACCAAAAUUAUUACUACUAGAAUCAGUUCCUUGAUUUAA